AUGGCUUCUAGGUUGCCCUUUCAUCGUCUCUCAGCGCUCCAGCUGAGGACUGUUCCUCGAACUGCGCAGAGCUCUCGUAUGCUUUGUAUUGGUGCUCGCAGAAGCAUCACCUCGAAUGCGCUCAGAAAGCUCCGACCAGACGCGGUCUUGCUGCAAGCUCCAAUCCAUUGCUCCGAUGUGUCUCAAUAUGGUCUCACUCGCCUAGGAGGCUAUCAAGUCAGAACCUAUGCUGAUACCAUAGUGAAGGUUCCUCAAAUGGCAGAAUCAAUCACCGAGGGUACCUUGAAGCAAUUCUCGAAACAGGUUGGCGACUACGUUGAGCGGGAUGAAGAAAUCGCCACCAUUGAGACAGACAAGAUUGACGUAUCGGUCAAUGCUCCUGAAUCCGGAACUAUCAAAGAGCUCCUUGUGAACGAAGAAGAUACUGUGACGGUCGGGCAGGACCUCGUCAAAUUGGAAUUGGGUGGCGCCCCGGAACAAAAGACUGAGGCGGCGACCGAAAAACCAAAGGAGCCCGCAGAUGUUGAGAGGCGCCCGUCUCCUGAAGCUCACGAGCCCAAGACCCCGGAGACCCCGAACGCCCCUUCACCUUCUGAGGAAAAACCCACUGCCCCGAAGCCACAGCCCAAGGCCGCAAAAGCGGAGACUCCUUCUGAGACUAAGCCGAGCCUUGGAAACCGCGAAGAACGUAGGGUCAAGAUGAACAGAAUGAGAUUGAGGAUCGCUGAACGCUUGAAGCAGUCUCAGAAUACAGCCGCGUCUCUCACCACGUUCAAUGAAGUUGACAUGUCAUCUCUCAUGGAAUUCCGAAAACUCUACAAGGAUGAGGUGCUGAAAAAGACUGGAGUCAAGCUUGGAUUCAUGAGCGCCUUCUCUCGUGCCUGCGUGUUGGCUAUGAAGGAUGUUCCCGCCGUCAAUGCGUCGAUCGAGGGCCCCAACGGCGGUGACACUAUCGUUUACCGUGACUACGUUGAUAUAAGCGUGGCCGUCGCUACCGAAAAGGGACUUGUGACCCCUGUUGUCCGUAAUACUGAGACCAUGGAUUUGAUUGAUAUUGAAAAGGCUAUCGCAGACCUUGGCAAGAAAGCGCGUGAUAACAAAUUGACAAUUGAGGAUAUGGCCGGUGGCACUUUCACCAUUAGCAAUGGUGGCGUUUUCGGAUCUUUGAUGGGCACUCCCAUUAUCAAUUUACCCCAGACAGCUGUCCUCGGACUUCAUGCAAUCAAGGAUCGGCCAGCAGUUGUGAACGGCAAGGUCGAAGUUCGUCCGAUGAUGUACCUUGCUUUGACAUACGAUCACAGACUUCUGGAUGGACGAGAGGCAGUUACAUUCCUUGUCAAGGUCAAGGAAUAUAUUGAAGAUCCUCGCCGCAUGUUGCUCGGCUAG